AUGAUUAGAUGGUGGAUAUCAGCUCUGCAAUUGACAGAACUGUUUGUGAGUUCAUUGGUGCAUUUGGUGUAUGGGCUUUACGUAUUUAGUACAGCUGUGGCUGCUGAUUGGUUUUUGAAGCCUAAUUUGGUGAAAAUGGUUGAUUCAAAAAGGUCAAAUAGUGUGGAUGAUUUGCCUCCGAUUGUGUUGGUUCAUGGAAUCUUUGGUUUUGGUAAAGGAAGAUUGGGAAGUUUGUCAUAUUUCGCGGGUGCAGAGAAGAAAGACGACAACGUUCUUGUGCCUGAUUUGGGCUCCUUAACAAGCAUAUAUGACAGGGCCAGAGAUUUGUUCUAUUAUUUGAAAGGAGGGCAGGUUGAUUAUGGAGAAGAACACAGCAAAGCUUGUGGGCACUCCCAAUUUGGGAGGACUUAUCGAAAAGGGAAUUACCCUGAAUGGGAUGAAAAUCAUCCGAUUCACUUUGUCGGGCAUUCAGCCGGUGCACAGGUUGUCCGGGUUUUGCAGCAAAUGCUCGCUGAUAAGGCAUUUAAGGGGUAUGAAAAUACUUCAGAGAAUUGGGUGUUGAGCAUAACUUCAUUAUCUGGAGCAUUCAAUGGAACAACACGAACCUAUUUAGAUGGAAUGCAGCCUGAAGACGGGAUGUCCUUGACUCCCAUCAGUCUGCUGCAGCUGUGUCGGUUAGGAGUAACAAUCUACGACUGGUUCGACAUUCCAUGGCUGAAGGCCUAUUAUAAUUUCGGAUUUGAUCACUUCAACAUGUCUAGGAAAAAAGUUGGCAUUCGGGGUCUUGUCAAUGGUCUCUUGAGGAACAAUGGUCCAUUUGCAACUGGAGAUUGGAUACUUCCGGAUCUUACAAUCACAGGUUCUAUCAGAUUGAACAGUCGUAUUCGUACAUUUCCUAAUACGCAUUACUUCAGCUAUGCCACCAAGCGUACACGAAAAAUCAUGGGUAUUACUGUUCCCUCUGGCAUUUGGGGGAUACACUCGUUGCUUUUCAUCAGAGUCCUGCAAAUGAGCCAAUGGCAACAUCCACCAGAUGUCACUCCACCUUACAAAGGAUACAGGGAUGAAGAUUGGUGGGACAAUGACGGAGCCCUCAACACCAUAUCUAUGACACACCCCCGUUUCCCAGUCGAACAUCCAAGUCGUUAUGUUGUCCAAGAUUCCCAGUGCCAACCUUUGCAACCAGGCAUCUGGUAUUACAAGAUUGUUGAAGGCGAUCACAUUCUUUUCAUUAUAAACCGGGAAAGGGCAGGAGUUCAAUUUGACUUGAUGUACGACAGCAUUUUCGAGCGCUGUAGGAAACAUGCCUUUAGAAAGACUCCAAUAUUACCAAAUCAAGUGGACCAAUAG